AUGAUGUGGAGGCUCAGCCCAGCUCGGCUGCUUUUGAGAUCUUUUGAGGCCGCGCUGGUCCACGGGGCGGCAUGUGCAGAGGCCGAGGAAAUGCUGCAAGCUGCUGCGGGCAAAGAGAAGGCCCUUGGAUGUGCCCAGGACCAGCUGGCCCAGCAGACGGCUAAAAUCAAGGACUUGGAGAUGGAGGUGGAGGGAAAGGAGCGCGAACUGGCACAGGAUGAGUCGGAUUUGUUUGAGGCAAGAAACCGGGUUGACGACGAAGUUGGGCGAAUGCGAAGCCAGUUCGACCAGAUCGAGCAGGAGGCGCAGCUGCUCCACCUCGAGUUCGAGGAGGCUGUCCAGCAGCUUGAUGAGGUCGAACGCGAGGAGUGGGCGUUGGACGCAGACAAACGCCUUCUGGAGGAGAUUGAGGCCCAGGUUGAGCCAGUGCGGCGUCGCCUGGUUGAGCGGGAACGGCGACUGCAUUACGACGAGGAGGAGCUAAAGGCCCAAGAGGCGGAUUGCGAAGAGAAGGAAGCCCAGCUGUUCCAAGCGUACUACCAAGCCCAACAAGCUGUUUCAGCGAUCCGCCAACGUCAGCAGGACUUGGAAAGAAAGGUAGAAGAAAGCUGCCAGCAACAGCAGCGGCUUCUUCUGCAGUUUCAGGAGCUGGGUGACAGUGACGGAGGCCGCUUGGAGGCCGUGCCGCAAAGUGACGGCACAACCCCUGCGGAGGAGAUUCGACAAAGACUCGGACAGCAAAGUGUUGACAUGGACUGGGCCCAUUCCCUUCGACAGCAGCAGACAUAUUUGCAGCAGAUGGAGGUUGAGCUUCUUCAACUCAAGGGUGGGUCGCAGAAGCGCCAGACUGGUAUCGAAGAGACCGGACAAAAUUGCUUUGCUGGCAGGAGUUGGCGGCGUCUUGCCAUGCAUGCUAUGACAGUGUUGAUCUGA